AUGGAUAGAGAACCAGAUAGAGAACAAGAUUUAGAACAAGUUACAGAACAAGAAAUAGAAAAAAAUACAGAACAGGAUAUAGAAAUGGAUAGAGAAAAAGAAAAAGAUACAGAACAGGAUAUAGAAAUGGAUAGAGGUGGUUCUAUAUAUAGGAUAAUAUCUGGUGAUAGAGAACAAUAUGUAGAACAAGUUACAGAACAAGAAACAGAAAAAAGUACAGAACAAGAUACAGAAAAAAAUACAGAACAAAAUACAGAGUCUUCGAAAAAAAAUUGGACGUAA